AUGUCAUCAGCACUUCAGGCGGCACGAAGCUGUGCUAAUACAAUUCUGUGGCAGAGUCUCCGCAUAGACGCAUUUCAGGGUGCUACCCCACAUGUGCUACUUGUAGUGGACCACACUCCAUGUACUCUACAGAAAGUUCUACUGGAGGGGUACAUUCAGGAACUGAAUCGCUUCAACGGAGAGGCGCCUGAGGCACCGAAUGUUGUUGGGCCACUUCGCGUCGGUCUCCAUUCUUCAGCUAAAACUCCGUGCUUUUCUAAGGGGUUCAAAAGCAACUGGAGGGUUACGUAUGGCGUGUUACCUUUCAAAGCUGACCGUUUUUUGGAUGAUGUGCGAACCUUGCAGGCUUUUCUUAGACUGUGUGGUCACCCAUCUGAUAAAGCUUCUUCUGAAAGUGUGACUGGUGAUGCUGACGGCAGUGUGAAGGCGCGGGAGAAGAUGAGGCAAAUGUUUGACUCUCUGUCAUGGUUGUUGACACCUGAGGAGCGGGGCGAAAUGGAGUGGGAGGAUCCACUCUUUGAGAGGUUGUGCAACGGAUCGGAUCGUGAGUUACUUGGUUGUAUUCUUAUUCAGCGCAACGCCUUCCAAAAUGAACUGGAUAAAUACCGUCUGCGGCUUGAUCUUUUCAACAUGGGCCUACGUGUGGCUGAGCAUAAUCACUUGGAGAUAAUGAGUGCCUCGGCAGAUGAUGUCUUAGCCAGCAAGUGCGACGGCGAUAGCAUCUCGGAUGACACAAAUUGUUGCUUGGAUAACGACGAACUUGUGCAUUACAUGCGGUCAUGUUCCUUCAAACCGGAUGUGGCUGAGGCUAUUGGUCGGGCCAUAGCUGAUUCCAUUGACGUCUGGAGCUGGUCCCGGAAGAUUAGCAGGAAGGAAGAGAAUGGGGAAGGGAAUGACUGCCGGCCACUGCAGGUGGUGCCACCAGCAUCAUUUCAGUCGGCGUUGUCGAAUGAAGGUCUUUGGUCUUUGUACAGUUCAGGUGUACUCACGUGGAAGGGGAGAGCACUCGAUGGUGAAGGAGACGGCGGUACUGACGGAUCCGUUGUCCCGGAAACAAGUUUCAUCACUGGCCCCGGAGCCCCACUUCGCAUUAUUUGUUGUACUGGCCAGGUACUCACCUACGAUGGGGGGAUGGAGGAUUGCUUGCUAAAUACCGGUUAUUAUGCUGCCGCUCACGCGUCGGAGCGUAACAUGGUACAAAAUCAUCGUCUACGCUUUGCUGUGCACCAUGCAGAACCUUCAAACCAAGGGGAGAAUGCGGCCACCGCGGGGGCGGAGGAAGCCGCUGCUGCUACCCUGCUUCCAAUGGAUGGCGUGGGUGAUACUGGGAGACAUGGACGCUUAAAGAAAAAGGAGUAUUUGGCAAUGCUAAAGUUGAAGGGCGCGAAAGACUCGACAAAGUGUGGUCUCUCUCAUUCAUGUGAGGAGGAUGUUGUUCGCGCUAGUGGCACUGAUGGAAGUAACGUCGCAGGUGCGUGUGUUGGCAGUAGCAUUGGUGGGACGUUUCCUGUUGGUGAGGUUAUAAGUGAAUCGUUUGACCUUAGUAAACUAAACGGUACCUGCGAUGUCUUUGCAUACCCUAGUUUAUCCAAGGCAGUGACGAUGGCUCAACCGAAACCCGCGACACUGACGAUUGUGAAAGGUGUCGUCACCGAUAUUUCUCCCGAUGCCCCUGACGAGUUGGUUGAACUUAUUGAACUUGUGCGUCAGACGGAGGGAAGUUGUUAUGUGCGUGAGUUGGGUAUCGGCCUUAGCCCCUACCUUGGGAGAGAUCGUGUGGUGAGUGAUGUGACGGCCUUCGAGCGCCAGUUCGGUGUGCAUCUCUCGCUUGGCCAGCGCCAUCCACUUUUCGUGAAGCAAUCAUCAAAGAGGAAUGCGGACGGUAGUGUGGCUGUUAGUGUGGAUGGGCCAGUGUUGAAGCGAAGAGCGGGGAAGUACCAUAUUGAUGUGUUCUUGGACGCAGCUCGACUUGAGAUGGGUGACUUUACCGUGGACUUCACCAAAGGUCUUGUAAGCAGCUCGGCGGCACCGGCUGCAUUUGCUGGAUAA